GUGUGCCCGUGUCAGUGAUGAGUCAGAUCAGAGACAGUAGAUCAUACUCAAGUGAAGAAGAGAAGAGAGUGGCUGGUCUGCAGUACUGCCUCCAGACUGUACCUGGUGUGUCGUGGGGGAGGAUAGCUGGUGUGUUAGGGUUCCUGGGGGAGCACACGGCCCUGGAGACUGUCAGACAAUUACCACACACACAUGAUAUCAGAUCACCUCACUCUCUCCAACUGACGUCACAGUCUGGA